CAACAGGAGCUUAAGCCGCGAACAUCUCCAUCCCCUAACCUUACAGAUCCACACUGAUCCAACGGUCAAAAACCAAGAUGACCAUAAAACUUGCUCGACCUAUAAUUCUGCUGAUGCAUUAUAUAAACAAAUAAAUUUUCAUUUCGUAUUUCUCAACUUGUAGGCUCCGCUUGCUCUCAGCUCCGAACAAAGCAACACAUCACAUUUUUGGGUGCUCUCCUCAGAAAUUAGUUAAAGGGCAAAAACCGAAACCGAAACCAAAACAGAAUGGUGGUGUUCUGUUUUCUGGUGGAUCAGAAGAGGCAAGUGCGGCGGAGCAAGCCGGCGGCAGGGAUAUGCUCACGGUGCGGCGGAGGAGCGAGUGUUGCCGACAUGCAGACCGCUACAAGAUUUUGUUACGUCCCAUUUUAUUGGAAAUCUUGGAGAGCCAUCAUAUGUACGUUUUGUGGAGCCAUUCUUAGAUCUUAUCGAUAGUUUGCUAGUAGGCCUUCUUUACUAUGAAUGCCUAAUUCAAUUUCUAUAUCUUAUUAUUAGUUUAAGAUGUGUAAAAUUGCACAUCAACGCCUUACGCAUUGCGUCCGACUCUCUCACAUGGAUAUGUUUUUUUUAUAAAUAAAAUCCCUAUGAAGUUUUUCUUUUUGGAUUUUGAUUUGGUUUUUGGGACGUAGUUGCGUUCAUGGUGUCGAUUUUGACUACACAAAAAAAGAAAGUUCAUGGUGUCGAAUUAAAAUAGAAACAGUGUAAGGUGGAGACUAGCUGGAAGAAGAUGUUCACAGUGGAUAGGUAAAAGUGAAAGCUGGAGAGUUAAGAUGGUUUUUAUGACAUGAAGGCGGCAAGUUUGGUGUUAGGUUUGGUUGGGGUAAAACUCUGUGCUCACUCUUUAUGAUAUGUACAUGGAUGCCUGCCUCUGGCUCAGUUUGUAGCUACAUGCAAUAAAUACCAUGCAAGUCAAAAUGUUAAAAAAAAAACCCAUGCUUUUAUCAUCAACAAUAUAGAA